AUGGAGUCCUCCUUCACUGACGCCGAGAAGCGCUUUAUCCUUGCCGAGAUGGUUAAAAACAGCCACCUGGAUAUCGGUCUUCUUGUGGAAUUUAUCAAGUCCCACGGUGUCCAGCCAGACUGGCUAUCCAUGCAACUUCCCGGAGGGCGUAAUAUGAAUCAGUGUCUUCGCGCGGCGGAAACCAUGUUCGACAUGCCGAUGCCCCCGCCUGUCAUUUCGCCCUUGAAGCGCAAAUCGUUGGGCGACCUUCCCGACCACUUUUCAAAGCGACAAGCGGUCGCAUCUCCUGGCGACACAUCGCCGCAUGGGAUUCCGGUCAGCGUCGGCGUCCAACCGGCCAUGAACGCACAACCCGUUAACAUCCAGCCUCGGCCUAAUGGUUACAGCUCCGUUUCCUUGGCUCCCAGCCCCUCCGUCACGGCCGCGCCGUACAAUCCAGCCCCGAUUCGUAGGCGCGGGCGUCCGCCAAAGUCCGUCCAGAACACAUGGCAGGUGUCCACUUAUCCCCCGAUCGUUCCUGCCCCGAUUGCGCCUUCGCCCACCUCGAACAUCGCCCCUCAACCGCAUAGUCCAGGUCUCCGGGCUCCUGGCCCAUACCGGGGCGCGCCGUCCAUACCCUCGGAUCCAAAGCCGAAGAAAAAGGCACUGCCGGAGAUCGCGCCACGACCGCCUCCAGGGGCACCAAACCUAGAACCAGCUGUUAGGUCGCCGUUGCCUGGUGGAGAGUAUUCAGAUAGACGCGAAGAGGCAUCUCGUCGGGAAUAUUAUCAACCACAAGCCCCUGAGCCCACGGCACGAGAAUCCCCCAUCUCGACACAAGCCCCGAUUCUCCCUAAGCCUCGCAGUCCACAUCCAGUUUCUGCUUCAAGAGAGCCCAUAGCACGGCCUGUUUUGGCCGAACCGCAGUUCAGAAAACCACAAUCCGCAGCUGCCCUUGAGCCCGUGGGGAAAGAGAGCCAUACAACCGCAGCAACGGCCAGGUAG